AUGAAUAUUAAUAAUAAUAACAACGCCGCCGUCGCCGUCGCCGUUAAGAAAACUCAAGGGCGGAGGAAAAUUGCAAUUAAACCAAUAGUAAAUCAAAACAGUAGGCACGUUACCUUUAGCAAACGCCGUUUAGGUCUCUUCAAAAAAGCUAGUGAACUUUGCAUCUUAACCGGUGCUGAAAUCGCUAUUAUGGUUCAGUCGCUAAAACGACAGCGUUUAUUCACUUUUGGUCAUCCCAGCGCCGACACCGUCAUUGACCGGUACCUCACCGGUAAAUCAGAAGAAGAAGGAGUGAAAUCCGCCGGCGAUGAUCAGUUGAACUAUGUGCAACAGAGCAAUGAAUAUUAUUCUCAGAUCUGUAGAGAAUUGGAAGCGGAGAAGAAGGUAAAGGAGGAGAUUGUUAUUGAUGAAUCAAAGAUGGUGAAUGGUGGUAGUAAUAAUGGAGGAGGAGGAUUUUGGUGGAAUGAAUCGACUGAUGAUAUGGGAAUUGAAGAACUUGAGAAAUUUAUGUGUGCAUUGGAAGAAUUGAAGAAGAAAGUAAAUAUGAGAUGUGAUGAAUUGAGUAUGAUAAAUGGUUCUUCUUCAAUGGCGGCGUCUACUUCAAGUAUGAAUCAAGCUAUUGAUUAUUGUGCUUCUAUUGUUCCUUUUGAUUUCAAUUACCCAGCAGGAAAUGCCCAAUUCUGAAGCAUUUAUUGGACUACUUAGGUUUAAACUACUGAUUAGUUAUUAAUUAAUCAAACAAUUAACAUGUCGUCUUCUUUCUUUAUUAUUGCAAAUUGUAAUAAAAUUGAGUAGUAUGGAUUUUUGCAUUAACA